AUGGCAGAAGUUUUCGGUAUUGUCGCCAGUGCCUUGAGCGUUGCCGCCCUUUUCAACAACUGCGUGGAUUGUUUCGAGUAUAUCCAGCUGGGCCGCCACUUCGGGCAGGACUACCAGAUGUGCCAACUCAAGCUGGACGUGGCCCGGACACGCCUCAGCAGGUGGGGCGAGGCGGUGCGCGUCAACGAGGAUGCCGUUUUUGGCACGAAUACGCCGGUCGAGCAGCCAGUCGAGCUCGCACAAUCGAUCCUGGAGGGGAUCAUAGAUCUCUUCCAGUCAGCAUAUAAGACGUCUCGUCGAUACGAGAAGACCGCAAAGGCAGAGGAGCUGGUCCUAUAUGAAGAGAAGGAUCUGAUGCUCCUCUUCAGGAGGCUGCACGAUCGGCUGAAAGGUUUUGCGCAUCGGAGGCGGGAACAGAAGGACAUCGGCCUGGUCAAGAAGACGGCUUGGGCGUUGUAUGAUGGACGAGAAUUCGAAAGGACCAUCGACCGAAUCAUAAGCUUUGUCGACGAGUUGGAGAAGCUGUUCCCCGUGAACGCUACUUGCCGCCAGCUGGCAGAGAUGGAAAUUGAAGAGGUUGAGGACGAGCAAACCUUGGCAGAAUUGAAGGAAGCGGCUCAAGAUACCGACGAGGCAUUGCUGGCUGCAAUUACGCGCAAGCCAAUUACAAUCGGCAGUCGAAAUUCCGCCAGGGAAGUCAGAGGAGCGGGCAACGCAGAUGUCCAGGUUGGCAACCAAUACAGUGAGGAGAUGCUUCGUGGUGGCGCUAUUACGGAGCAGACCUCGAACUCGGCAGAAGUGGUAGACGCGAAGGACAGGGCCAGAGUACAAAUUGGUGGGCGGUUCGGCGUCCAUUUCUAG